CUCCUCUCUAUCUUGCAGUGUCUUCUCUCCAGCAACACUGAGCUCCCAGUCAAACUUCAGCCAUGAAGAUUCUCUAUCUGCUCUUUGCUGUCUUUAUCCUGGUGCUGCAAAGUUCUCCAGGAUUCACCCAGGGCAUCAAUACCCCCUUUGCUUGUCGUCGUGCUGGGGGCUUCUGCCGCCGCGGUAGAUGUCCCCCCAAUUUCAGACGAAUCGGAAGUUGUGGUUUUGGGCAGAGUUGCUGUAAGAGAGGAUGGUAAAGAGAGUGAGUGAUGGCAGCAGAGAUUGUCAAUGCAGGAUCUCUCGGAAUCUGGCAGAUGACGUUUUGCUUCUAAAAUCCUUGGAUGCUUUUCAUCUGGGCUGCAAAGAAUCUCGCAAGCUGGAAAAAAUCCACAA